AUGUUGCAAAGAGCAGUCUUAAUAUUAUGUCCACUCUGUGAAUUAGAAUUUGAACCAAAAUUAACUAAAACAAAUAUUUGUCCUAAUUGUUUAAUUGCGUAAAUGAAUAUUACUAAAGGUACUUUUACAUUUUAGCUAGAUAUCGAUAAUGAUAAAGAAAUCUUAUUUUGCCGAUAUUGCAGAAGAUAUUAAAGACCUCCUUGGGUUCUUUGUGAAAGAGAUUCAAAAGAGUUAUUAGCUAUCUGCUUAAAAAAAGUAAUUGGGUAAAAUUUUUUUAAUUUAAUUACUAGAUUAUCUGAAAAGACAAUAAUUGAUACAAAGUUUAUUUUUACAGAGCCAAGCACCAAACAAAUAAAAUUAUAGAUUACUGUAUAAUAAGAGGCUAUGAAUGGUACUUAUAUUUAGGAUUCAAAAAUAUUAAAUUUUGAAGAAGUUUAUUAUUAGUGUGAAGAUUGCAAGCGAGAAUUUACUCCUCAUAUUUGGGGAGCUUGUAUUUAAUUAAGACAAAGAGUUAAUCAUAAAAAAUCAUUUUUUUAUUUAGAAUAAUUAAUUUUGUAACAUCGCAUGAAUUAGUAAAUGCUAAAAGUAGAAUCAGCAGAUGAUGGAAUGAAUUUUUAUUUUAAAUAAAAAAAUCAAGCUCUUCAUAUGUUAGAAUUUAUUCGAUCAUAUCUUCCUAUAUAAGUGAAAGAAUCAAAAGAAGUCUACUCAUUUAUUAAAUACACAUUUGUUGUUGAUGUUCCAAGAAUAUGCAAAGAUGAUUUAGUGAUUUUACCACAUAAACUUUGUCAUCAAUUAGGAGGAAUAAAUAGAGUUUAGAUAUGCUAUAGAGUAGCAAGUUCAAUUUAAUUAAUUGAUCCAAUAAAGUUAAAAGUUAGUGAAAUCUCAUCAGAAUAAUAUUUUAAGCAUGAUUUAGAUAUUAGAACUAUGCCUUUAAGAGAAAACUGUGACGAAUUCAUUGUUUUGGAUGUUGAAAAAAUUAAACCUACUAAAAAUGAUUAAAGUAAUCCUUUUUUUAACACCCUUUGUACAGUUGAAAUUAUGAAAGAUAAUGAUCCUGAUUAUAAAUAAUACUAAGUUAGAUCACAUUUAGGAAAUUUCUUAUAAGCAGGAAUGACAGUUCAAGGAUUUGAUUUAAUUAAAUACAAUAAUGAGUUAGAUGAAAUUCAUGAUAAACCAGAGCUGAUUAUUAUUAGGAGAAAACCAGAGAAAAACAAAAAAAGAAAAAAUCAAUUGAAAAGAUUAGAAGUAGAAGAGAUUUAAGAGAAAAAAAAUAAGAAAAAGGAAGGUUAUGAAGAAUAACAAAUUGAAGAAUUUUUAGAAGAUAUUGAGUAGGAUAAACAUCUUUAAGAAAUUUUAAAUCUAUAAUAAGUUUAAAAUCAAGAAUGA